AAUGAAGUUCCCAAAAGCCGUGGCUAAUCUGAGCGAUUUAGCAUUUCUCUAAGCGAAGCUACUGAAAGUUCUUGAGUACGAUGAGGAAGUGGACGAUCCCUUCCGCUCUGCUCCUACUCUGCCUCCUCUUCGUCCUCCCGGAUCAAGGUCGGAGGUUGCAAGCCAAUGCAGAAGCGUCGGAUGAGGUUGUAGAUCCGCCGAAGGUGGAAGAUAAGUUGGGUGCGGUACCAAAUGGCCUAUCGACGGACUCUGAUGUCGCUAAGAGGGAGGCGGAGUCGAUCUCCAAUAGAUCGCUGCGCAACAGCGCGGAGAAGUUUCAAUUCCAGGCUGAGGUGUCUCGGCUCAUGGAUAUUAUCAUCAACUCCCUCUAUAGUAACAAGGACAUUUUCCUCAGGGAGCUGAUCUCCAACGCCUCUGACGCAUUGGACAAGAUUAGGUUCCUUUCUCUCACGGAUAAAGAGAUUUUGGGCGAAGGAGAUAACUCCAAGCUUGACAUCCAGAUUAAAUUAGACAAAGAGAAGAAAAUCCUUUCAAUUCGUGACAGAGGUAUUGGUAUGACAAAGGAGGAUUUAAUCAAGAACUUGGGUACCAUAGCAAAGUCUGGAACUUCAGCGUUCGUGGAGAAAAUGCAGACAAGUGGAGAUCUCAAUCUCAUUGGGCAGUUUGGAGUUGGUUUCUACUCUGUAUAUCUUGUUGCUGACUACGUUGAAGUCAUUAGCAAACACAACGAUGACAAACAGUACGUGUGGGAAUCAAAGGCUGAUGGGGCGUUUGCCAUAUCCGAGGAUACAUGGAAUGAACCACUAGGACGUGGAACCGAGAUUAAAUUGCACCUCAGAGAAGAAGCUGGGGAGUACUUGGAGGAGAGCAAACUGAAAGAUUUGGUGAAGAAAUAUUCUGAAUUUAUCAACUUCCCCAUCUAUAUCUGGUCCACCAAAGAAGUUGAUGUGGAGGUUCCAGCUGAUGAAGACGAAUCCAGCGAUGAAGAUGAACAGCCCGAAAGCCCUUCUUCUGAGGAAGAAGGGGAAGACGAGGAUGCUGAGAAAAAACCAAAGACAAAGACGGUUAAGGAAACAUCUUCUGAGUGGGAGCUUCUGAACGAUGUUAAAGCUAUAUGGCUGCGGAAUCCAAAGGAGGUGACAGAGGAAGAGUACAGCAAAUUCUACCAUUCUCUUGCAAAGGAUUUCAGCGAGGAUAAACCUUUAUCUUGGAGUCACUUUACAGCGGAAGGUGAUGUUGAGUUCAAGGCAGUUUUGUUUGUGCCUCCUAAGGCUCCUCAGGAUCUAUACGAGAGUUACUAUAACACAAAAAAAUCCAACUUGAAGUUGUAUGUUAGACGGGUUUUCAUCUCAGAAGAAUUUGAUGAGCUCUUGCCGAAGUAUCUAAACUUUUUAAUGGGUCUUGUUGAUUCCGACACUUUACCACUCAAUGUGUCUCGAGAAAUGCUUCAACAACACAGCAGUUUGAAAACAAUCAAGAAGAAACUCAUCCGGAAGGCCCUUGAUAUGAUCCGUAGAAUUGCUGAAGAGGAUCCAGAUGAAUCCAAUGACAAAGACAAAAAGGAGGUUGAAAAAUCCGGUGAUGAGGAUGAUGAGAAGAAAGGUCAAUACACCAAAUUCUGGAAUGAGUUUGGCAAGUCCAUUAAACUUGGUAUUAUUGAGGAUGCAACUAACAGGAACAGAUUGGCAAAACUUCUCAGAUUUGAGAGCACCAAGUCAGAUGGUAAAUUGACUUCGCUGGACCAGUACAUCUCAAGAAUGAAAUCGGGGCAAAAGGAUAUCUUCUACAUAACAGGAACCAACAAGGAGCAAUUGGAAAAGUCUCCAUUCCUUGAGCGGCUUAAGAAGAAAAAUUAUGAGGUUAUUUUCUUCACUGAUCCUGUUGAUGAAUACCUCAUGCAAUACCUUAUGGAUUAUGAAGACAAAAAGUUCCAGAAUGUAUCUAAGGAGGGUCUGAAACUUGGGAAAGACUCUAAAGACAAGGAACUCAAGGAGUCGUUCAAGGAGCUCACAAAAUGGUGGAAGGGUGCUCUUUCAGCCGAGAAUGUUGAUGAUGUGAAGAUAUCCAACCGGUUGGCUGACACACCUUGUGUGGUUGUGACAUCCAAGUAUGGAUGGAGUGCAAACAUGGAGAGGAUCAUGCAGUCUCAGACUUUAUCCGAUUCUGCUAAGCAGGCAUAUAUGCGUGGAAAGAGGGUGCUCGAGAUCAACCCGAGGCACCCAAUUAUUAAGGGACUCCAGGAGAGGGUGGUGGAGAACCCUGAGGAUGAGAAUAUAAAGCAAACAGCACAGCUUAUGUACCAAACCGCACUCAUGGAGAGUGGCUUCGCGCCUACUGACCCUAGUGAUUUUGCAUCUCGUAUCUACAACUCUGUGAAGUCUAGCCUAAAAAUCAAUCCUGAUGCAGUCGUCGAGGAGGAAGAUGAAGAAGUUGAGACCGAAACCGACACAAAAGAAGAUGCAGCUACUCCCAAGGCUGAAGAUGAUGCUUCUAAGGAUGAUGCAGAUACAGAGCCUUCUGUCGUCAAGGAUGAGUUGUAGAUUGCCUCUGAAGGAUGGGGCUCACUUCUUCUUCCUCUACUUUUUUUUUUUCCCUGUGGUUCAGGAUGUCUCAAGAGGACUGAAACAUAAAAGACACUGCGUUAGAUCAUAGAUGUACUGUAAUCAUAUAACCCAGAAUUUUGCCCCUACCACCUAGUUAAUGAAUUUUAAGGAUUAUGAUGCUCA